GCCGAUUGCAGCAUACGAACAAGAUACGCAGAAUGACUAUCAUACAACGUACACAAGGCAAAAAAAGAAACUGAAACACAGGAAGCCUUUCGUUGCUGCUCUACAUUCGUAAAAAGGAUCCUCGCGGAACAAGGGAGGGGAAACAGUCUGAAAAGGAAUUGUAGAGGCGCAAAUGCAAAGACAUGCGCGAUGCAGCACACGCAGAAAUCCAGAAACUUCAAGAGAAAAGAAGCAAGACAAAGCAGAGUUCCUCGGGGCGCAAGCGGCAAGAUUCGCGAGGCCUUCAGUCCUCACAGACAUUUUUUCUUUUCUACGUUGGCUGUUGACUUUCUUUGUCACUUGCUUUCCUUUCCGAUUGCUCGACUUUGGAAUGAGAAAAAGUUUGAGUUCGUCUCUCCCCUCUUCUUCGGAGAUCUCGCAUGCAGGCGUGUCUCCAUGUCCUCGCGCGUUUUCGCCCAAAAGUCGACAUAGCGUUUCCAAUUUCCUCUCCCUCCUUUUUUUCUCCUUCUCUUCUUUUGCUCUCUCUUUCUCGCAUCUCGCCGCCUCACUUGAUCUUCGCGCUUUCUCCUUUUUCUUCUCCUUUCUUCCUCUCGUUCUCUCUCUGUCUCUCGUCCAACGUUCUCCCUCUCGUUCUACAUGUCUCCUCCCGCUUCUCUCUCUUUCGAGUUCUGCCCUGCUCCUCCCCUCACAAAAUGGAUCCCCUCGUUUCCGUCAGAGUCCCAACACCCGACACCAGCCAUGUCGGUCUGCACAAGACCUUUCCUGAUGUCUACGAAGCUGCAGAAGAUUCUUUUCUCUUCUUGGACGCCCUCGCUGAAGACCUGCCCUUUCUCCUUCGCCGUAGACCUUCUCUCGUCUUGGAAAUGGGGUCUGGCAGUGGCUGUGUGAUUUCUUUUCUCCGAACACUGUUUCUGCGCGCAUUCGAUGCCUCGAGUCGAGACGCGUUGAGCGCAAAACCUGCGAAGGAAGAGGCGACAGUCGCAGACGCAAACAGCGGCGGCACCACCACCGACGCUCAUACUGCCCAUAUCGCUUCUCGACCGUCUCCAUCUUCUUCUUCUUCUCCUUCUUCUCCUUCUUCCUCUUCGUCUUCCUCUCCCUUGUUCAUCCCUUGUUUCUUUGCUGUCGACUGCAACCUCUCUGCAACCGAGGCAACUCUGGAGACGGCGCGUCGGUCAGAGAAGAGCGAAAGCAGAGACUGCCGAGCAGCGACGCGACUACGCGGAAGGUCAGAUCACAGGGACGAAGCGCCCGAGUCGGUCUCCGCGACGUCGCCGGACAGAGCUGAGAGCUGUCGGUGUGCUGUAGACGCGGUCGCUAGCGAUUUGUUUCGAGCUUUCCGUCCAAGCGAAAGGCGAAAGCUGCCUUCUUCGUCUUCUUCGCACUCUCCUUCUUCUCGCGAGGCUGGGAACGCUUCCAGACACGAGGGGCUGUUCGACGUCGUUCUGUUCAACCCCCCUUACGUUCCGGGAAGCCCCCGCGAUCGGCCGCGGAACCCAGCGGACUGGGCGUGGUGGGGAGGCGAAGACGGCCGCGAGGUGAUCGACCAGUUUCUCCGACAAGUCACUGCGAACCUGACAGCCGCGGGAGUUCUUUACCUCGUCCUGGAGAAAAGGAACAGAAUCGACCAAGUGGUGGCGCAUAUGGAAGCAGAAGGAUUCGCAGCAAAGCAAGUAAAACGUCGAAAGAUCCACGGAGGCGAAGAUCUCUCUGUUUGGCGGUUUACGAGAUUCUGAAGUGCAGGGGGAGACAACGCUUUUGUGACCACGUGCUCUUUCAGAAAAACCAUGAGACACAUGCCGACAGCGUUUUUUUUCGAGAGAUGCAGACAACAACAGAGACCACAAAACACAGGUACAAAAAACUGUACCCCC